AUAUGGUCACAUAUCCAAAUGUUUAUUAUAAAUACACGUGUCUAGAAAGGAAACCUUACAGUUGGACCGAAGUUACAUCUGAGAACAACUGAAGAAUACUGUAGGGUUUGUGAGUGUCCAGGCUUCCUCAGGAUACCAGAGCAACAACCCCUACCCCCAUCCCAUGCUCCUCUCCUUGUUUGAGUGCUGGGCAAUACAAGGGGAGGGAAGCCAUGGGAGAAAGGGACAGGUGUGAACAGAAGUACAUCAAGGGCCAUAGAGAGGAGUCUCUAAAAUUACAUUCACAAGUAUUCUUCUUUGGCAUAAGUCAGUUCUCAAUGUUCCAGAAUGGAAUGGAACAAUGAGGCUUUACUCCACCAAAUAUGUAGGCUUGUUUCAAGAAACAUUUCCUCUGUGUGGGAGCAGUGGGUGGGGUGGGAUGAUAAAAGUUGGUGGAAGGCAAUUCUUUCCAAAGCCCAGUCCUUGAAGUAGCCCCAGGAGUUGUGGACUUGCCCAAAAUUUGCUCUUCUCUCCUUCAUUAGACAGAUCUGUAGCUCAAUGGGAACCUUUAUUGGUCAUGUGUACCCAGGGCUGUUUCUAAUCUCAUAUGGACUGUGUCAGGCAAUAGUAGUCUCCAAAGCUAUGAUAUUCAAAGACUCUCUCCUGGAUCCUUCAUGCCAUCCUAGGAAUAAGACAAGAUGGGCCCGGCUAUGGAAAAUAUCUUAUGGAGGUUUGCUGAAGAUGUUGGCUGGCUCCAUUUUGAUAGCUUAUGAGAUCAGCUGCAUUAAAGGAGGGUUGAUACUAAUGAACAGAGAACUUCCACCAAGAUUUAUGUACCCCAAAGAGUGGCAGCACCUCACUAUGUUCAUCCUCUUCACCCUCAAUGGCUGUGUAGAUGUCAUGAGCAAGAACUUGCUACCUCAGAGGUGUGUGGUCCUAGAGAAAGGUACCCUGGUCCUGACCUUCUAUGUGCUCCUGCUGCUGUUGAUGUCACACGUCCAGGACUCAACCGGGAUAGAGCUUCAGAUUCAUUAUCUGCUCAUCGUGGUGGUGUUCCUGUUGAUGCUGGUGUUGACCAUAGAGCUGUGGACUCCUGACACAUUUCACCUCUUGCUGAUUGAGACUUUUCUGUUUCUGACGAUGGGCUCCUGGCUGAUACAGGGGGGAUUUAUUCUGUACAGACCAGUCACUGGCUACCCAUGGCAGGAUGAUGACAUCAGUGACAUCAUGUUUAUCACCACCUUCUUCUGUUGGCAUGUGAUGAUCAAUGCUUUGUGUCUGCUGGGAAUCUAUGGAAUCUCUUCCUUUUGGCCUCAUUGUUACUGUCCCAGCUUGAAGCUGAUGGAAUCCAAAGAAGCUCCACAUCACAAGGGCACUACAGGACCCCUCUACAAAUUGCUGCGGGAAGUGGAACAGUCAGAGAAAGACGACCAGGCUCCUCUCCUUUCAAAGAGCUCUCCCUGAGACAGGGCCUAGAAUGCCUGGCACAUUGUCCACUCAUCUUUUCCCUUGUGUGUUCUCUCAGACAUGUGCAGUGUACCCUUUUCGGUCCCCAGUGAAGGUAAUGGCCAUGAAGGAGAGCAGUUGGUCUCCAUCUGCUGGUACAUCUCCUGCCCUUGAUCUUCUAGUUGCUGAGGAGAUGAGGAGAGAGGAACCUGAGAAAGAGAUGCUGAUGGGAUUGGUGGGGUGGUAGAGAGAGCACCAGGGGAGUAGGAAAGUGUAAAAGCCAUGGGGGGCAGAGGAUGCGAUAGAAGGGAGGCCUUCAAAGGGAGGAGAGCAGAGUCUAGCAGUCAUGCCGCCACCAGCUACUUCUCUAGGCACAAGUGAUUGCCUUUUACCUGAAAGUAUAAUGAUUUGUCGCAAUUCAAAACUGGAAUCAUUCAAGUCUUAUCCUGAUAAAAGUGAGUACUUCAGUUUGCUCACUAAAGUUGCACUGCCAUGUGGAAGUAAUAUAAACAAUUUAUAAUUAAUUUAUACGUGUUGAAAUUAUCAUUUUUAUACCCCCUCCCAUUUUUAAGGAUUGCUUUCAUUUCAAAUCCAAAUUCAUAAAGCGAGACUUUAUUAAUUCUUUAACAUAGCAAUAUUUCAAAUGUGCAGACUUCAAAUAUAGAAUUCAAAUGCUCAGUGCUUUUCCAACUUCAUAUUUUACUACUCCUAUUCCAACCAAAGCUUACCU